CGUGGCGGAGGUUGCUAGGUAACACCUCUGGCAGAGAGGCCUACUUGGCCUGAGUCUUCUCCCGGCCUCAUAGACCUGCAACCGGGGCAGGGGUAAGAUCGGAGUGGGCGCUGCUCAGCCCUCUCGCCCGAGUCAAGAAAGAACUUUCCUGCUGCGCGAGAAGAUUUGCCUUCAUUGGAUCACAAGUUGAGCAUAUAAGAUUAAUUUCCUCAAAUCAAGAAACAUGUCUGAUGAAGAUACUAUUAGUACUUUAGCCUACACCAAGAGUCCAAAGUUCUCCAAAAGAACCACUUUUCAGGAUGAGCUACAAGAAGCACUUCUUGCUCGUGCAGCAAGACAAACAGCUGAAUAUUCAGAAGACUUUGAGAGUGAUGAAGGAGAUACUGACGAAGAGUUUCCUGAAACUGUGGAAAACACCCCAAAGAAAUCAGUUGCCUUUGCACUACCAUUAUCUAAAUAUAAUCUUUGCAGUGGGAGCACUUUGAAAAGAGAAAGUGCGGGUGACUUGUCUUCAUCAGAUGAGGAUGAGAGACCUCAAUACGUGUCCAUGCUGGAGAGAGAGGUUUUGAGCAAAGAGAGGCAAGCUAUCGCCUUUUCAUUAGCUGAAUAUUCUGGGUCAUAUGAAGAGAGUGCAGCAAAAAAAUCCAUUCCAUUUGAAAUAUCUCUGGCAGACCACUACUCUUUCGAAAAAGAAACUACUUCUGACUUCGUUCUGGCACAGGAUAAAGAGAGACCACAAGAAACAACCAUGUCAAAGAGUAAGCAUCUAAGUGAAGAGUCACGAGAAAAUGACUCAGUUUCUGAAGAAGGGUCAGGUUUUGAGGAAGAUCAACAGGAUGAGGCACCUAUGUUUGAUUUGCAAUUAGAGAGGGAUGAUAUAAUUCAAUACAAAACUGAAAUCAAGCCAGUGCCAAAGCCAAGAGAAUUCAAGACCAAGGCAGCAUCAGCUGAGAAUAUCAGUAUUCCUGCGCUAUAUGAUCAUUCAAAGCCGUCUCCUCAACCAAGGAGUGUUUUGAGGAAAAGUAGCCAUGUGGAGGACUAUGAAGGGACCAAGGCAGAAGAUAGAGCAUCUUACAGCCGCAGGUUGUUUUCGUUGUCUGCACCAUCUUCCAAAACAAGCCUAAAUGAUGAAGUAAUGAAAUCUGAAAAAAGAGCGCUUUCUGAAAGUCCUGGUCCUGAGGGGCCGUGGGUUACAAGCUCCUCAUCUCCAUUCCCUGUUAAUUUUUCGUCAGUGGAUGAGAGAACUGGAGAUUCCAACAUGACAAUAUCUGGGGAAGAAUCUUCUUUAAAAGAUGAUGAACUGAAAGCAACUGAUAACUGCAAUGAUCUGAAAUUGCUGGAGAGUGGAAGAGAGUCCCCUUCUGUGAUAGAACUAAUGAUGACAACAGUCUAUGAGAAAAAUAAGAAACUGUACAAGACUCCUGAAGAUUAUCUGGAUGAAAAGCUACAGGCAAUAGAACAUAGUGCCAUUAUGGAAGGAUCAGUUGAGACAACAAAGGAUGAUAAAUCUGAACAGAAGGCCGCUCUGAGUACUUCAAAGGCUGCAGUGGGUGCUUCAAGGGAUUCAGCAAAGAAGGAAGAUGAAAAAAAGACAGUUUCACAAAAAGCAGAGUCUCCAAUAAGCAGAUCUCUGAGCUCUACAUACUUGAAGAAAACUGGGAAACACUCUCCUAUCCCAACAAGUACUUCUUCUCAGUACUUAGGAACAUUAAAGGUCUUGGACAACAAGCAUUUACAGAAAUACAGUGCUGAACUUGAUAAAGCAGACAGUUUACGGGCAGCUGUUUAUCAGGAUUGGUUGGAAAAGAAGAGAAUCUUCCUGUUGGAACUACAAAGAAUAAAAAGAAAGAAAGCUGAGACCUUGCAGGAUAAAAAUGAAAAGGAAGAAGCUGCUAAGAGAGAAGAUGCACUUGCCUCCUUUGAAGCAUGGAAGGCUAUGAAAGAAAAAGAAGCAAAGAAAUUGGCUGAGAAAAAAAGAUUGGAAGAGGCAAAGAAAAGGAAAGAAGCAGAGCUAAAUGAGAAGAAAAAGGAAGAGGCACAAAAGGCAGCUUUUGAGAAAUGGAAAGAAAAGAAAGAGGAAUAUUUGAAACAACAAAUACAAAGGCAGAAAAGAAUUGAAAGGUUAAAGAAGAAGAAAGAAGAGGAAGUUGGUGCAGAGAAGAAGAAAGACAGCAGAUCUGCUGUUGAAAAAUGGAAUGAGAAAAAAGAAGAAUUCAUGAAGCAAAAGAAAAAAGAAAAAAUCCAAGAAAGAAAAAAAGAAGUAGAACAAGAAGUUGAGAAUGAAGAAAAAGAUAAAAGAGCUAUAGAGGAAUAUGAAAAAUGGCUGGAAAACAAAGAGAUGAACGAAAGGAUUCAGAACAAGCAAAAGAAGCUCCAGGUCAUUCUUGAGGAUGAAACUCCACCUCCAUGGAGCCCACCUGGCAAAGUUGUGUCCUCAAGAAGCUAUUGAGAUGUCCAUGAGGAAAGUUCCAGCCUUCUGCCAUCAUCUAAUCAUCGUUAUUGCAGAACAUCUGAUUUUAACAUGAAUUGAAAUUGGCUCUUGCAUCCUUUCUUUGUAGGUGGGGAUACGGCUCUCCGGUAUAGGAGCAACUAAUUGUCC